AUGGAUCUUCUAAAUAACGAGUCAGAUGAAGAUUUUGAAGAUGGAUUGAUGCAAAUUUUGGGUACAUAUAUGUUACUGAAACUGAAACGACUCAAGAAUAAGAAACGAACUAGACGUUACUGGGUGCAUGAAAUAAAUGAAAAGAGAAGUACGUGUGGUGAAUAUCAUGCUCUUUAUCAAGAUUUACUUAAUGACAGUGAAAGAUUUCAUAUGUAUUUUCGGGUUACUAAAACACAAUUUGAGGAAAUACAUGAAUUUAUUAAAAAUGAUAUACAAAAGAAAAGAACAACAUUUCGCGAAGCAAUCAGUACAAAAGAAAGACUUGCUGUAUGCCUCAGGUUUUUAGCCACGGGCAAUUCAUUUAGGUCGAUGGGAUUCAACUAUCGAAUGGGAUUCAGUACCGUACGAAACAUUGUGCAAGACGUUUGCAAUGCAAUUUGGAAGAAAAUGGGUCCUAUUUAUAUGCCCAAACCUACAAGUGCAAUUUGGCAAGAAUCAGAAAAUGGUUUUAGAAAUUACUGGAAUUUCCCAAAUUGCUGUGGAGCAAUAGAUGGAAAACAUGUGAAUAUUAUUUGUCCUAUAAAUGGUGGUUCAAAUUACUGGAAUUAUAAGGGAACUAAUUCAAUCGUGUUACUAGCUGUAGUAGAUCCAAAGUAUAGAUUUUUAGUUGUGGACGUCGGAUCCUAUGGUAAAAACAGCGAUGGUGGCAUAUUUGAAAAAUCCAUUUUAGGAGAAUUAAUAGAAAAAGGAAAAUUAGAAUUGCCAGCCGCUAACCCUUUAACUCCAAAUUCAGAACCAUUGCCACAUGUGAUUGUGGCAGAUGAAGCUUUUCCCUUAAAACCAUUUUUGAUGCGACCCUACAGUAAGAAUGACGUUCGUAACAAUGAACCCAAUAAAAUAUUCAAUUACAGACUCAGUCGUGCUCGACGAAUAGUCGAGAAUGCUUUUGGCAUCUUAAGAUCAAGAUGGCGUGUAUUUGCAGGUCCUAUGUCAGUACAACCUGACAUGGUCGACAAAAUAAUUUUAGCAACAUGUUGCUUACACAAUUAUUUGGGCACGGAUAAUUUACCCUCGAACUGUGAUCAUCCAGAGACAAAUGUGACAGAAUCUACCGCCUUUGACAAUUUAAAUCCAAUUCGUAGAAAUUCCACACAAUAUGCUUUUACAGUGAGAAACAAAUUCAAAGAAUAUUUUAACAGUGAAGGCGCCGUUCCGUGGCAGCUUGAUAUUGUGAGGAGAGGUAGACAACAUUAAUCACAAAACUAAGUUCAUACGAGAUAUAUGUAUAUUUAGUUAACAUAGGUGUUCGGGAUACCCAGAACGUGAAACCUUUUUUAAUGUAAAACACUAAUGACUAAAACCUAUAAAGUAGGAACCUCUUUGUGUCUGUGUUUUGUUUUAUCUUUUUUUAAUUUUUCGUUGUCAAAAAUAAGUCUUGCGGAAUACAACUCUCAUAAAUAAUUUU